AUGGACCCACAGUAUACAUUGUGCGUACUUGUCCCAGCCCAGCAGUACCGUACAUAUGUCGAUAACUACAACUUGGGCUACCCUGUCAUUAAUAAUAAAAGACAUCAACGCCAAUAUCAUCAACGACAAUAUCAGAGGAAUUACCAUCAGUUACAACAACAUCAUCAUCCACAACAUCAACUCCAUCAGCAUCAAAACCAAAACCAAAAACACAUAUCUAAACACUAUCAUCAACAUCACAAACAUCAUCAUCAUCAUCAUCAUAAUCAUCAUAAUCAUCAAAAUCAUCAAAAUCAUCAAGAAGAACAGAUUUACGAAAAUAUUGUAUCUAAUUAUCGAAUGAGAGUGUGUUAUCAUAAUGAUUAUGAAAAUGAUGAGCAAAUUCAAAGGUUUUACUGGGAACAAUGCUACAGGCAAAAUGAUAGUGACUCUACAGCCUACUACUAUUGCGAAUACGCAAAGAAAGAAAUUUAUGAUGUCAAGCAACAGAGGCUUUGUUUAGCUCAAGAUGAGUAUGAUCACCUUAAUAAUGCUCUCACUACCCUUGGAGCGUCACGUACAAGUUUGUGCUCAAGUUCAAGUUCUCUUAGUACAAAGUAUGAUCCUGAUCUUCUUAAGUCUGACGUAGCUUUGGCAAGGAGUCGAGUAUCAAGACUCAAGAGAGAAUUAGAACAGAUAAGAGCUGAAAUGAACUGUACACAACGCGGAGUUGACACAUUAGCAAGUGUGGAAUUAAAACUAAGUGCCCAUCAAGGUGGUUGUUACAAUAUAACGGAAGCCCAAGCUAUAAUGACCGAGUUGAGAAAUAUUCAAAAGUCUUUAAGUUCUGGUGAAAAAGAAAAGGCUGAAUUAAUGCAAUCCUUAGCGCAAUUGAAAGAUGAGCUAACAAGAUUACAAUUGUGUGAAAGUAGCCCAGAUGCUAGUACACUGAGUUUACCACAGGAUAAAUUAAGUACCGCAUCUCAAACAGAUUUAUCUGGUGAAUUAGGAUCUAUUGGAACGAGAUUAGCUGAAAUGGCACGUAUGAGGUUAGAAUAUGAUGAAGCUCGUAAGCGAGUACAGCAUAUUCAACAACAGUUGGCUGAUUUGGAGGAAAAAGUUACGCCGGGUCAAACGGAAAGUGAUAAAGAUAAACUUUUACUGUUUCAAGAAAAAGAACAGCUUCUUCGAGAACUUAAAAGCAUUACACCACGUACAAGAACUCAUCAAGAUAUGAAGAAAAUUCAGUGUGAAAUUCGUAAAUUAGAGCAGGACCUUACUAACGCUUUAGAACUAUCUAAUAAAACUAUAACUGAUCGUGUACGUCUUCAUGAAGAAAGACAAUUGUUACUACAACAGCUACGAGAUGCCCUUAGAUCAAUGACCAUGUUAGAAAGUCAAUUAAAAACCCUGAGUGCAAGCACCUUGUCUGUAAGUAGUAGUUCAAGCUUAGGAAGUCUCAGCACGACAAGCAGCAAAGGAAGCCUUAGCUCAGGUCUUAGCUUCACCGAUAUAUAUGGAAGUCCACAGUGUCUUGGUUCAACUCAACAAGAACGUCCCGUAGACAUGGUAGACCUUCAUAGACGCGUUGAGAGACUUUUACGUGGAUCUGAGCAAAAUCUAGGCAGCACAGGAACUCCAUCAUCCGGUCGGUCACAACCAAGUCUUUCACCAAGAUCUAGUUUGUCCAGUGUUAGUCCUCCAGUUUCUCCUUUGUAUGAAAAUGCUCCUGUAGGACCGCCACCAGCUUAUGAACAAGUAGAGAUGCAAAGAAGACAACAACAAAGGCUUUUUGGAACUACUACUUCUCAUAUUGAUCGUUUUCAAUUGGAGGAUAAAUUAACUGAACUUCGAAUUAGUCAGCAAGCUAUACAAGAACAGAAAAUUGAACGUCUUAAAGCAAGUCCACAACCACCUCUUGAUAUGCAAUCUGGAAAUAUGUCUCAAGGUAGUGGACUGGGAAGGCCCGCUCAUUCAUUACCACAAGAACCUCUUUCACCUAUUAGUGAAACACCACCACCUAUGGGCAGUAGAUCCAGAGCAAGCAGUUCGGGAACUAAUACUAGGUCUGUAUCUGCUGCUGUUUCGGAUGAAAGUGUUGCUGGAGAUUCUGGAGUUUUUGAAGCUUCCAAUAGAAAGAAGCCUUCAGGGUUACUAAAUGUUAAUACUCUUGCCUUUGGAGAUAUGAAUCUAGAAACUGCACAAGUGCAAAUUAAAUUAAGAUAUUCCGUAAGUGAUGGACUUCUUCACAUCGGAAUUGAAAGAGCGAGAAAUUUAGCAGCGCUGUUUAUACCUGAAAAUAGUAAAGUGUACAUCAAAGCAGCUCUAUUGCCAAUGCAACCACCAAUCAACCACAUGUGUUGUACAAAACCCAUCGUGGAUCUUCGUAAGCCAACAUUCGGUGAGAGCUUUCCUAUUGCUGUGCCACUUAAUAAACUUUACACGAAAACAUUGCAAGUUAAUAUAUGGUGUAUAAGCGAUGAGCCUGAGGAGUGCUUGGGAUCAGCCCAAGUCUCACUUGCAGACUUUAGUCCUGAAUCACCAAGCGUAAAGUGGUAUAAUAUUUUAUCCUUCCGUUUCAUGCAACUGUCAGCAUCUGAUAGUUCAAGCACGAAUACGAGCUCGAUAUCAUCUAAACUCCCUAAACACGACAAACAAGAGUCAGAUAUUUCUGUUUAUCGAAGUGGUGUUUCUUUACAAAAUACGAAAGAAGAAAGUAGUGAUGAAAGUACAAUAAUCAGUUCACAAACAUCAACUCUUACAAGAAAUCAAGGCUGCGAUGAAUUACAAACAGUUGUUUCUUUACGAUUAGAAGAACUUGCUAAUUGUUUAGGUAGUCCUGAAGAAGAAGAUGAAGAGAGAGACAGUGACAGUGGAAGCGAAGAUAGUGAUGGAGAAGGUAUACUGGUUGAAUUUAUGAUGGAUGAUAACGUACUGGAAGAUGUUCUCGAACAUGAAGAAGAGGAAGGACUGAUAGAUGAAUCUAAUCAAACUCAGGAUAAAGAAACCAAUACUGAGUGUAUUUUCAUCCCAGAACAAGGUAAACAAAGAAAAUUGUCAGCUGCAGGAAUUGUUCUUGGCGCGGUACAUGAUGACAAGAACUCUAUCGUUAUUAAACGAAGUCAAACGUUUUCACCAAGUGCUGCUGUUAGUAGGAAUCAUUAUAUUUGUCGGUUGAAUCGCAGUGAUAGUGACAGUAGCAUGCCACUUUACCGUAGAGGAGGUCCUUUUCAACGUAAUUCUGUAGAAAGGCGAUCUCUUCGUUGGAGACGCCCAUCUUCUGCUUUGAGUUGUAAAACAGCUUCAAAGAAAACUACACAAUUACCUACCGCGAGAACAUCUCUCGAUCUUGAGCUUGAUCUUCAAGCUCAACAUGCUAAGCUCAAUAACCUUCAUGACGAAUUAAAUAGGUUACGUGAAUUGAAACAAAGGCUAGAACAGGCACGUGAAAAAGGUGAUGCAGAUCUUGCUUCUUGGGUACUCGAGGAUCAGAAAUUUCAAGCACUCAUAGCACAAGCUGAAAUCACUAAAAAUGGUAAAAGUUUGGAAGAUAAAAAAGUCGAAAAAAUGUUGAAGAAAACUUCUAAAGAAAUAUAUAAACUCAGAAAAACCAAAGUAGGAAAAGGCAAGCCAGAUAUUAUUUCCUUCAAAGAAAAAAUGGCUUUCUUUACUCGUGUUAAUUUAAGCGUUCCGGUACUACCACCUGAUGAUUCAAACUCUGAAUUAUCUACAAUACAAUACAGAAGACAUACUUCAGAUUUAGCAAAUAGUGGAGACUUUUCAUCACAAUCUCAAAUUGGAGCUAACGAAAUUUUAAAAGAAAAUGCUGCUAUCAACACAGCAUUAAUUAAUGCACGAACAAAUAGUAGUAUAAUGAAGUCUAAUAAUAAAAUUUUAAUAUCUUCAUCAAAUGGAAUGUAUGAAGAAAAACCAGUUGAUACACAUCCCGCCGUGAAUUCGACUACAGUAAUCGAAAAAUCCGAUAAGUUAAUAGAAGGAGCCGAAAGUGAUAAGACUUCAGAAAAUACAAAUACUAACUCGCAAAGGUACGAGUAUGUCGUGGAUCGAAUAUUAGGUGUUGAAGUUUGA